CUCUGAGUGCCUGCCGCUUUUUUCUGAGUGUCCUCCUCCCGACGAGAGGGGUGGCCAAUUCCGAAGCCGCACUCUGCCACCAGUUGAGUAAGAUUUCCCGUCGCGUUCGGAAGAAGUGCAGCACGGGAAGUAAAACACGUUGAAGAAACGCUGCCCAAGGUGGAGACCCCGGAGCUCGGACUAGUGUGAAGCAGGAGAGCAUGGUAGCAGCGGACUCCUCCGCCGGGAUGGAGGGCAAAACACUGUUCGAGAGCAAGCACUGCCUCUCGCUAAAAUGUGUUCUAUUUCUAUUUUAUGGAGGCCUGGGAUGCAUCUAUCCCUUCCUCCAGUCCAACAUGGCGUACAAGGGCUUCGACUAUAACGAGAUUUACUCAAUUUCGAUCAUCAUUCCGGUGGUGGCCCUGCUCGGUCCGCUGUUGUUUGCCCUGCUGGUGGACAAGUGGGCCACCUCGAGUGCGUUCGCCUAUGGGAAGCGCAUCCGGAUCCUGACGGCGCUCAGCUUGAUCGCGUCGGUCGUCCUGUACGUGGUGCUGAUGUUCGGCGUGAGUCGUAAUCCGGCGCCGGGAAUCUGCACGCCCCAGGUGAGCUUCAUGUGCAACAAAAAGGGCGCCUACAUUGCGCAGGAGAAGUGCUCCGCGGAGGGAAUCUGCCACGACUGGGACCACAACAAGGUGGGCAUGCUGGCCCUGGAAGACUGCAAGUACACCUGCCAGAGGGACGUUCAGUUCGAGAGCAACUGCUACGAGCGCAAGGAACAGGCCUUGCUGUUGGCGGCCGUGCAGGACAAUGACGACGAUGAUGACGGAGAAGUGGGAGAUGGUUCCGAGGCGGUGGUACGGGUUGAUGAUGGCAGUGGAGGUAGUGACGCCGAUGCGGCCAAGAGUAACGAUCUGGACGGUGAUGGCAUCCCGAAUGAUCAGGAUCCGGACGAUGAUAACGAUGGCAUUCCGGAUACGCAGGAUGAUGACGACGACAAUGAUGGUGUGCCCGAUGCGGAGGACAUGGACGAUGACAAUGACGGUGUGCCGGACAGUGUCGAUCCGGACUCGAAGAUGACGGCCAACGAUCUUGACGGAGACGGAAUUCCCAACGCUCAAGAUGACGACGAUGACAAUGACGGCAUUCCCGAUAAGGAGGACAGCGAUUGGGUCCCCGAAGCCGAAACCAAGUCCAACAACAACGAUGACUUUGACGGCGAUGGAAUCCCGAACGAUCAGGACGAAGACGACGACAAUGACGGCAUUCCGGACACGCAAGAUAAUGACGAUGAUAACGAUGGCAUUCCCGACGUACUGGACACCGAUGAUGAUAACGAUGGCAUCCCGGACAGCAUGGACAAGGAUUCACUGGCCAAGCACAACGAUCUGGACGGUGACGGUAUCCCCAAUGAAGAGGAUGACGACGAUGACAAUGAUGGCAUCAAGGAUACGGAAGACACCGAUGAUGAUAAUGAUGGAAUUCCGGAUGAUGAGGAUAUUGACGAUGACAAUGAUGGCAUUCCGGAUGAUAAGGAGGGUCAGAUUUCCGAUGAUUUGGAUGGAGAUGGUAUUCCCAAUGACAAAGAUGAAGACGAUGACAACGAUGGUAUUCCCGAUACCGAGGACAAGGACGACGAUAAUGACGGUAUCCCCGAUGCUGAGGACAUUGACGAUGACAAUGACGGCAUUCCGGAUGUGCUGGACGUCGGUUCUCGCAACGCCAACGAUCUGGAUGGAGACGGUAUUCCCAAUGACCAGGACACCGACGAUGACAAUGAUGGCAUCCCUGACGCGGAAGACAACGACGAUGACAAUGAUGGCAUUCCCGACGCGGAAGACGUCGACGACGACAAUGACGGCAUCGCCGAUACGGUGGAAAACAUGGCGCUGGACUUUGCGGCACCGAAAAUUUGCCACGAUCCGGCCGUGGACAACUCGGAAGAGAUGGCCGACAGCGACGAUGACGAUGACGACGAUGUCAAGUGCUACGAGUUUGGCGGAGAAGCGAUCGAGCUGCGGGCUUCGAUUGACGAGCGAAGCGAACGGGAUGAUGUGGAGGAGUGCAUCUAUCCGCUGGAUGGCUUCAAGUGCCACAUUGACAAGGCUUGGAUCAAGGCGCAAGACCACGGAUGCAAGCCGGUUAUUGAAUGUUCGCUGCGCGAUCCGUACAGCGACAACUCCAGCUUGAUGGCUGGAACCGCGUGCGAUGGUGAUGAAGACAACGACGGCGAUGACGAUCGUGGUGACUCCACUUUCUACUUCUACUUGUCGAUCCGGUCUCUGCUGGACUUUUUCCUGCUGGCCGCUCUGACCCUAUUCAACACCAUCAUCAUCAUCGCGACACGUGAUGCCUCGACCGGUGUGGCCAACUUUGGCCGCCAGCUGGUCUGGGGAGCGAUCGGAUGGAUCAUCUUCUUCAACGAUGACUACGAGCAGCCCUACCUGCUGUUCUGCUUGCUGUACACGACAGCCGCAGUCAUCCUGCUCAGUCCGCUCCAGAUGGAUCUGUCCCCACCGGAGGAGUGGUGGAAGUUCAAGACCACGCCGCAAAAGUUCUUCUCCAAUCCGGCUUUCCUGAAGUACGCCAAGCAGUGCUGGCUUCCCUUCCUGGUCACCAUCGGUCUUGGAUCCCUUUGGAGCAUCAUCGACUCCAUCGACAAGUCGCACAUGAUCGACAUCCCCAAGGAGGACAUCCCAGCUCACGAUACCCCAACCUUGAUCCGUACCAUUUGGAAGACGCUUCUCCUCGCCGGAGACCUCCUAGCCGUUCCCGUCCUUAUCUUCGCCGAACGUAUCAUCCACGUCUUCGGAAUGUGCAAGAUCCUCAUCGCGGCCUUCCUCUCCCUCGUCCUACGUUACAUCCUGCUCGCAAUCUUCGACUGGCAGUGCUGGGACAUCAUCGAGGACUUCCUGCUCCCAACCACCCUCGGCCUAACCUGGAUCACCCUGGUACUGCACUUCCGUGACAUCCUCCCGCACAAGGUCACCGCCAUCGGCCAGGCUCUGCCCGUAAUCGCUCACUUUGGCCUGGGUCGCUUCUUCGGGGCCCUGAUCGGUAUCGAGAACGACUACGAUCACCUGGAGAACCACUACGAAAUCAUCGCCGGACUGCUGUUUGCCGUGACCAUCGUCAGCAUCGUGAUCUACCGCUACCGGGAGCUGGUGCUGCCCUACGUCGACAAGUACAUCCCGGCGGCGCUGAAGCCCUGCGACAGACCGGAAGCGCAGAAGAACGGAAAGAGCGAAACCGACGUUUAAGAGUUGGGCGAAAGCUUGCAAAAGGGUUGGAAUCCGGAAAGUAAAUGCAAAAUGGUUGUGUUUGAGGUUUCUUUUUUGUUUUAUUUGAGACAUUUCGUUCUAGAUAAUUUUAAGAAAAACUUUAAUAAAGACUUGUUGAUUGGCGUUUAAGAA